AUGUCUGGGCGAGAGGAUUCCAUGGAUGAUACGUCUACAGAUCAGAUCCCGGAAACAGAACCCGGUGCAGCUGAGGCAAAAGAAGAAGCAUGGAAACGGCUUGUUGCAGCCAUGAACAUAAUUGAUACAACUGCGACACGUGAACAAUACGAUGUCAUUUUUGAUAAAAUGGAAGAGGAACUGAAUAUUGCUCAGCAUAUAGCAUUUUGGAAACAGGCAAUAUUGUAUGAAGCAAACGUGGAACUCGAGAAAACAACUGCGACACGUGAACAGUAUGAUGUUAUAUUUGAUAAAAUGGAAGAGGAGCUGAAUAUUGCUCAGCAUAUAGCAUUCUGGAAACAGGCAAUAUUGUAUGAAGCAAACGUGGAACUCGAGAAAGUCUGUGGUCGAAGCGAUAAAGACGAGGAAACCACUGUUGAAUUCGACUUCUGCGAGUGUUAA